AUGCCGAUUGGUGAGAAGAAGUCUUACGACAUCUUCUCGCUAAACGGCAUGUGCAAUGCUGAUUUUCAUCGAACUGAACACCAAAGGUUGAAGUUGCUCGAAGACAAACGAGACAAUGAAGCAGUGACACCAGUGAAGGAUGUCCGAACUCCAGAUGACCUUGAGAUCGACAAUAUUCUGAACAGCUCGGUGGACAAUGAAGGAGGGGAAGAAAAUGACAACUUCAUCAACGACUCUCCGAAUACAACAUCAUCGGGAGAAGACCAUCUUCAGGAGGACACGAAACAGUAUUGGCUCCUCCCACUCGCUGUGGCCACUUCGUUCAUUCUGGCCCUUGGAGUGUAUUCAGUUCACCUGAAUAGACAACUUACUAAAACAGAGGACGAAUUGGCCCUUGCGUACAGGGAUAUCGGAAGAAUGAAAAGGGAGAGGAAAAUUAUGAAGAUGUGCUUCGAAAAGAAGAGAAAGUCGUGUGAAAGCAUUCUUCGAAAAAUGGAUUUAAUCAAGCAUGGAGAAGUUAUUGAGAAGGCUGAAGUUGCGAAUCUCAAAAACAUGAUGGGUCAACUGAAAAUGGGUCUAGUGAUGCCAGAAGCUGAUGGGAUUGUAGGAGAGCAGAGACAGGAUGUUGUUGGAAACAAAAUUAAAAAGCUUUUCAACGUUCUAUCAAUCAUCCUAGUGUUUGUUGCUACUGUGGUUGUUGCUGUGAAACAGUUCAACAACAUCCCUCUUCACAAGAACCGGCUGGAUCAAAUUGUUAUCCCAUGCGCGUCGAUCGGGUUCUCAAGCUUCUGUGGUGCAUGCUGUGAUUUCUACAGCUUCAUCUACAAGAGACGCCCUUGGAUCCGCGCCUUCGUCCUCUUCUUCUUCUCCUCACUAAUGUUUGGAACAUUCCUUCUCGAAAACGGCGAAUCGAAGACACUUCUUCAAUGUCUGCUGCUAGGAUUGGUCUUCUGCGACGAGACAGCAUCCCAACUGAGGAAUUUCAAUCCGGCAAAAUAUUUUGGAGCUGGAUCUCUAUUCGUUGCUAUCCUUUUUGUCUGGACUUAUCGCAACGCAUAUGAGAUUUCUAUCCCAGAACUGUAUUUCGAUGCAAUUUUCCUCUUCGCUCCACUAUUGAUGUUCAUCUACAGCCUAAUCCAGCUCAGAUGGAAGCCGAGACCCCAACAAAAUAUCUAA